AUGCGAGGACUGAGGCACGAGGAGAGCCCUCCUGCCUUCCUAAUUUUCUCGCUUCCAUCUCAUCUUUCCCACACUUUCAUCUCACUCUUCGCACUUCCGAAAUUACCAUCAACAGCAUUCGCCUACAUCAUGGGUAAGCAGAUCCGCGUGCGUGAGACCGUUAACGAGGCUCUGCCUCCUCUACUGAAGACAGAUUUCCAUACGAAUGCCAAUGCCGUACAACGGCUUAUUUACAACGGCGAAUUGAAUUAUUGGCCAAAUUUCUGUCAAGAUAUACGAGCAACAACGGAUAACCAACAUUGGAGCAGCAGGGUUAUCGGAUACACCCUGAAUACCCGCGAUCUUGAUGAUAAUAAGGUCUUUGUCGGAGAUGAGACAGUUGUACAGGGAAGGUUCCAACAGGCGAUUGGUCAAACACUUGGAAAGGUGUUUGAAGCUCAAAGGCUUGAUAUCCAGUUUGCCGAUUUCAAAUGUCUUCCUAAUCUAGGGAACAAAGUCCCUGAUUGUGUUAUGAAGACAUCAAGAAAUGAGUUGAAGCUUGUGGGUGAGUUAAAGGUGCCGUGGGUUAUCCAUCACCGUAUCAAGGAUCACCUAGAAUUGAGGCCCUUUCGCCAAAAGUCUUAUUUUCGAGUCUUAGUGGGCCAGGUUCUCAGAUAUAUGAAAGAGUUGGGGUGUAUGUAUGGCUUUCUCUCGAAUUAUGAAGAAACUAUCUUCCUCCGACAACGGAAUAACGGUACGACAUGGGUCGUGGAUUGCUCCCCAGUGAUUCUGGCGUCUAAUGUCUACACCAAAGGAUCUCCGACGGUGACCGUGAGAGAAUGCUUUUUCUACAUUGCGAUCCUGGCGCGUCAACAAGGGAAGGUUGAUAACCAACUACCUCGAAAAAGCUGGGUGGAAUCAAUAAUAUAG